GCCUCUCUCCAAUUCUUUUUUCUUCCCCUGCAAAAUUUAUGCUCAUGCUCACCCUGCUCGAGCGAGAGCAUACGCGCAUAUAUAAAGGGCUCCUCAUGCCUGCGUUCUUGCUUCCCCCGGUUUCCUUUUUAUUCUUGUGCGCUAUUCUCUUGUGGGAAGGAAGAGAAGAGGGCUGGCUGCGCGGCAGCGAAUGCUUAGCUCAGGUGUGUUAGAUUGGAAGUUGGAACAAUAACUUGAUUUAAGGUUCAAGAGCAAACAAAACCAUGGAGAGGGAAAUCAUGACCUCCUAUGAAACCAAGAAGAACUGUGAAAUUAGGGUAUUUGAGAGUUCAGACGAGAUGGCAACAGAUCUGGCAGAGUUUAUUUCACAAGUUUCAGAAAUUUCUGUUAAGGAAAGAGGAUACUUUGCUAUUGCUCUCUGCGGAGGGCCUCUUAUCAGACAUAUGCGGAAGCUCUGUGAAGCACCAUACAACAAGACCCUUGAUUGGUCUAAAUGGUACAUCUUCUGGGCUGAAGAACGUGCAGUAGCAAAGAACCAUGCAGAGAGUAACUACAAAUUAGCAAAGGAAGGAUUUCUCUCCAAGGUGCCUAUUCUUAAUGGUCAUGUCUACUCCAUCAACGACAACGCAACGGUGGAACAGGCUGCAACUGACUAUGAAUUUGUCAUCAGGCAGCUGGUCAAGGUUCGAACAGUUGGAGUCUCAGAGAGCAACGACUGCCCCAAAUUUGACCUCAUUCUUCUGAACAUUGGUCCUGAUGGUCAUGUAGCCUCAUUGUUCCCCAACCAUCCAGCUCUUGAGCUGAAAGAUGACUGGGUCACCUACAUCACCGAUUCUCCAGAGCCUCCACCUGAGAGGAUUACCUUCACUCUCCCUGUGAUAAACUCGGCAUUGAACAUUGCUAUUGUUGCCACUGGAGAAGACAAGGAAAAGGCUGUGUCUUUUGCUAUUUCUGACUGCAACGAAAGCCUAGGUGCUACAUCAGUACCUGCUACAAUGGUUCAGCCAACUGACGGGAAGUUGGUAUGGUUUCUGGAUGAGGCGGCUGCCUCAUCCCUUGAAGCUGGGAACGAUGCUUACGAGCACCAGUACUGAGACAAGUGUUGGACCUGGACAUCCUUCUGCUUCUUCUUCUUCUUCUUCUUCCUUUUGCUGUGAAUGUAGAGUUGUUCAUGUCGUUGAUGUGUUUGGAUGGGAGAAGUUUUGGGGAGCACUUAGAUCUGAUUUCUGAGAAGUCGAAAAAAUGAUGCAACAUGUAUUUUAUGCCGAGAACUGAAGUACCAGAGUAGCUAAGUUCGAACGUUGGUCAUAUGAUACUGUUUAGUGUUGCCUCAGUUUUAUCAUAUUCCUUUUUAUGAUAUUUUCUAGCGGGUAGCAGUAUUUUUGCUGGAUAUAUUGGAAUCCUGAGCCUAAGAUGCAUUUCAA